GGGCAGCGGCCGCGGGGCCGAGUCCGAGUCCGAGUCCGGACACUGGACAAGGGCGGCGGCGGCGGCGGCGGCGGCGGCGGCAGCGGGGCCGAGAGUACCGCACGGUUGCCGGGUACAGCAUAGCUGACACGGGCGCCGGGAGUGGGCCGGAAUAGUAGACAGCGGAUUCCGGCAGUUGGGCUGAGCACCUGCGGCAUGAGACCGGCCUUGAGCCCGGUGGCGCCCCCAGGCCCAAUUUCUCGGGGCGUCAGCAAACGGCAGCAGCGGACCUCACACCCCAGCAGUGGCAGGAUGAGUGGAGAAGGGGUUAGUGCUAAGCCCCUGAAGGUGGGCUCCCGUGUGGAGGUAAUCGGCAAAGGGCAUCGUGGUACAGUGGCUUACGUGGGUGCCACCAUGUUUGCCUCUGGGAAGUGGGUCGGAGUGAUCCUGGAUGACGCCAAGGGGAAAAACGAUGGCACUGUGCAGGGCAAGCGUUACUUCACAUGUGAGGACAACCGGGGCAUCUUUGUACGGCAGUCACAGAUCCAGGUUGUGGAGGAUGACACCACCUCACCUGAUACUCCCCAGGAGCCAUCUGCUUCCAAGGUUCCCAAGCGAGAGAUUGCUGAGACACCUAAGAGCACUAAACUGCAACCCGUUCGACGCACUAAGCCGACACGCAAUGCAAGCUCAGCAGCCUCCAGUGUGGGCACAGCCUCAUCUGCCACCCCCUCACCAUCAGCUGGAGAGAUGAGCAGCAGUGAUCCAGGAACACCAGCACAGACCCCGCUGGCUGCCCCAGUCAUGCCCACUCCUGCCGGUCUGGUAUCCCCUGUGGCCCCCCCACUGCUCUCUCCCAAGGAGGAAGAGGGUCUCCGGGCGCAGGUCAGAGACCUAGAGGAGAAGCUGGAGACACUGAGGAUGAAACGGAACGAGGACCGGGCCAAGCUGAAGGAAUUGGAAAAGAGCCGCAUCCAACUGGAACAGCUGCAGGAGUGGAAGCACAAGAUGCAGGAACAGCAAGCGGAGCUGCAGCGGCAGCUCAAGGAGGCGAAGAAGGAGGCAAAGGAAGCUCUGGAGGCUCGGGACCACUACAUGGAAGAGAUGGCAGACACAGCGGAUGCCAUUGAGAUGGCGACGCUGGACAAGGAGAUGGCAGAAGAGCGGGCGGAGUCACUGCAGCAGGAAGUGGACGGGCUGAAGGAGCGGGUGGAUGAGCUCACCACCGACCUGGAGAUCCUCAAGCACGAGAUUGAGGAAAAGGGUACGGACGGAGCUGCCUCCAGUUACCAACUGAAACAGCUGGAGGAGCAGAACAGUCGGCUGAAGGAAGCUCUGGUCAGGAUGCGGGACUUGUCAGCUUCGGAGAAGCAGGAACACACCAAGUUGCAGAAGGCAAUGGAGCGCAAAGCAUCCGAGCUGGAGAGCCUGAGGCAGCAGCGGGACAGACUCGAGCAGGAGCUGCGACAAGCUGAGAGCACCAUCGAUGAGCUUAAGGAGCAGGUGGAUGCCGCGCUGGGGGCCGAGGAGAUGGUGGAGACCCUGACCGACAGGAACCUGGACCUGGAGGAGAAAGUGCGGGAACUGAGAGAGACGGUCAGUGACUUGGAAGCCAUUAACGAAAUGAAUGACGAGCUGCAAGAAAAUGCACGGGAGACGGAACUGGAGCUGCGUGAGCAGCUGGACCUGGGCGCUACACGUGUGCGAGAGGCACAGAGACGGGCGGAGGCCGCACAGGAGACAGUGGCUGACUACCAACAAACCAUCCACAAAUACCGACAGCUCACCUCACACUUGCAGGAGGUGAACCGUGAGCUGAUGAGCCAGCAGGAAGCUUCGGCCGAGCGGGAACAGCAGCCAGCACCCGAUAUCAUCGACUUCAAGAUCAAGUUCGCUGAGACCAAGGCUCAUGCUAAGGCAAUCGAAAUGGAACUGCGACAGAUGGAAGUUCAGCAGGCGAACCGCCAUGUCUCACUGCUCACGUCCUUCAUGCCCGAUUUCUUCCUGCGUCAUGGUGGGGACCAUGACUCCAUCCUCGUCCUCCUGCUCAUCCCACGGCUCAUCUGCAAGGCUGAGCUGAUCAGCAGGCAGGCUCAGGAACGUUUCGAGCUGAACGAAGAUUACAGCCAGCGUCCCGGGCUGCGAGGGGCUGCGGGUGAACAGCUGAGCUUCGGGGCUGGGCUCGUCUAUUCCCUUACUCUGCUGCAGGCUACGCUGCAUAAAUACCAGCAGGCCCUGGAACAGUGCAGCGUGGAUGUUUAUAAACGGAUUGGCAGCCUUUAUGCAGAGAUGAGUGUGCACGAGAGGUCACUCGAUUCCCUGAUCGAGCUGCUGCACCGAGACCAGCUCGACGAGACAGUCAACGUGGAGCCUCUGACCAAGGCCAUCAAAUACUACCAGCACCUGUACAGCAUCCACCUGGCAGAUCAGACUGAGGACUGCACCCUGCAGCUGGCUGACCACAUCAAGUUUACCCAGAGUGCCCUGGACUGUAUGGCGGUGGAGGUGGGCCGGCUGCGUGCACUGCUACAGGCGGGGCAGGAGGCUGCCGAUCUGCCUCUGCUGCUACGCGACCUGGACACCUCAUGCAGUGAUGUGCGCCAGUUCUGUAAGAAGGUGCGGAGGCGCAUGCCCGGCACUGGGGCCCCUGGGACCCCCACUGCUCUCACCUUUGGCUCACAGGUAUAUGAUGCCUUGCUGGACUGCCGCAAACAUCUGACCCGGGUGGUAGCUGUGCUACAAGAAGUGGCAGCUGCUGGGGUCCAGCUCAUCGCCCCCCUUCCUGACAAUGAAGGACUUGCCUCCCAGCAGCUGGAGGAGCUGGCCAUCAAAGCAACACAACAGGUGUAUGGGGCAGGGGUAGCCAGCCCCUAUGAGAGCCUCCGUCAGUCCUGCACCCUGGUGAUUGUCACCAUGAACAAAAUGGCCACCGCCAUGCAGGAGGGCGAGUUUGAUUCCGAGAGCGCCGUCAGCAAGCCAUCUCCCCCGGUGGAACUACGUGCAGCGGCACUGCGAGCUGAGAUGACAGAUGCAGAGGGACUGGGCCUGAAGCUGGAGGAUCGAGAGACAGUCAUCAAAGAGCUGAAGAAAUCCCUGAAGAUCAAGGGCGAGGAGCUGAGUGAGGCAAGCGUGCGGCUGAGCCUGCUGGAGAAGAAGCUGGACUCUGCUUCGAGAGAGGCUGACGAGAGGGUUGACAAGAUCCAGGGCAAGCUCAAUGAGGUGCAGAACUUGCUGAAGAAAAAAGAGAAGGAGUUUGAGGAGACGAUGGAUGCCCUCCAGGCUGACAUCGACCAGCUGGAGUCGGAGAAAUUGGAGCUGAAACAGCGGCUUGGCUCCCAGAACAAGAGGACUGUAGAGGGGUUGCGGGGGUCUCCCGGCUCUGGGACCCCCAGCAUUCAAGGCAGCAUCACAGUGUCGGGCUCAGGUCCAGUGCAGGUGAAAGACUCGCCCCUACUGCUACAGCAUAUUGAUGCACUUCGCCUCUCCCUCCGACAGCUCAGGACCGACAACACCCGCCUCAAGGCUGCCCAGAUGAAUGCUGAGUUGGCUGCACUCCCCCCAAUCAAUGUCCCAAAGCUGUCCAUGACCCAGGAGGGAAAGGCAGAAGACGUAGCCAUUGGUGCCCUGAACAGGAAGACCAGCCAGUUACUGCAGAACCUGCAGCAAAUCAGUUCACGAAUCCGUGUGGUGGACAUCUCCCACCGAGCCACAGGUUCUGGAGCGGCUGAGAGGAGGGUGAGCCCGGCCACACAGCUCCUCGAGCAGACGGCACGUCUGCAACAGCUGAAUCAGAGUGUUGAGCGCAUCAAGGAUGAGGUAAGCCGUGUCUCCGUUCAGCGACCAGGAGCUCGUGCCCCAUCUGACUUUGCACUGUUUCCCACCGCUGCCUUCACCAAGGCACAGGAGGAACAGCGGUCAGACGCCGUGUGUGUGGGCAAGGUGGUUCUCCCGUGUGCACCGGGCGAGGGUCAGUGUCACCGUGUGGUGAUGCAGCAGGAACAACUGUACCAGUUACACAGUCGCCUCAUCUCCUAGAGACACCGCUCAGCCUUGGCCAGGUCACAGUGUGCACGUGUACCAGUGGCCUCAAUCUCCUAGAGCCCCUCACCUACUCACCCUUCCUCUCCAAAAGCCAUGGCCAUCACCCACCGGCCCCCACACUACACCUGUAAGUACAAACAGCCAUGAACUAGAUUCCCCUAUCCCUGAAUACACCCCAAAAAAACUGCAGCAUUACAGCCCCAUCCCUCAGCAGCUGCAGGAUAAUGCUUCUGCAGGGUCUGAACAGACAGAACGGGAGUAAACGUUUCCGAUGAGGUGUUGCAGUCCACCACCAGAUGACUGAUGUCCUCAUGGGGGUGGGAUUCUGCAUCUGCUGCUUGUAGCUGUUCAUGAAUAAAAUCAAAUGCUGAACUGC